AUGCACAACUCGUUCCAUUGCAGAACUCCAGAUGAUUUAGUCCACGUGGCUCACUGUCGGGGCCCUAACGAGGUCCGGCUGCGCCAACGAGGCAACGACUCCCAGGUUGCUGCUCUCGCGGUAAGGAUCAGCCCGAACCGGGGAGCGCUUCUAAUAGUAAUGGGUCAGCGGAGACGAUCGGGCCGGCAGAAUCCUGGCGUAGCCCCGGGAUGCUCUCAGCCCCCACAAGGUUCUCUAGGGGAGUGCCUUAGUUCUUCCUGCUGUCAUCGGCGGGAGCGAGCGGGACGGAGCCCUAUUCUUCCAGCCUCGGUGCUGCCGGGAAUAAGGAGCGGCGCGAAGCGCUGCCGAAACGCAAGUUUUUCUUUUACUGCAGGCUCAGCGAGGGCUGCGGCGGAGCGUCUCGUCAGUCCAAACCGGAAAGACGGCGCGGUGAGGUGGUGGAGCAUCAUCUCUCUUCCCGUGAGAGAACAGGAAUGUAUUGUGCCCCGCCUCGGGAGGAGUGAAGAACUAAGCGGAGCGGUUGCGUGCGAGGCUGAAACAGCAGGUAAAUGUGGGUUACAUCACUGGGGGUUUUGGUUACAGACCGGCGUGGGGAUGUUGAUGAGACCUUCUGCACACAGCUGAAAGUAGCCUCGCAGCUGUGGGCAUUUCUUCUCAAGUUAAAUUCAAGCCACCGUGCCAGCU